AUGUCUCCUGUUAAGUUUAGCCCAAGUGAUCUUCUUUGUUAUUUUUUAUUUACAUUGUCUGUGAGAUCAAUUGUACCCUUGAUUCUCAAUCCCAGUUAUUUACAGUUUUGCUAUAUUUCAUGUCAGCAGUUGUUAUGAAUCAUAUAAUGAAUGGCUUUGAAAAUAUAGGCUAGUGUUAUGGAGCUGGUUAGAUGGAGUGUUGGUGCGAAUAGAGCCUCUCUUAAACUGGGAAGGAGAUCUUAGUCAGUAGCUGUGGUUUGAAUUAGACGUGACCUCUAGCAGUGGGAUUGAUUUAUUGUAUGAUUGUCUCUCUGUCACACACACACGUCCUUCAUCCAUCAUAGGCUGGAAUGGGCUGAUUCAGUAGGAAGGGCCUGCUGAGUGAGUGGGACCUCAGCUUAGACCUCCGCCUCCCUUUUACAUUGUGCACAACAAGUCUGACAUGUAUUUAGGAGGAUAGGCUAUAGGUCUCUUGGUUGUUUUCUCUUUGAAAUACCCAGAUUUUCGACAAUUUUCAUGAUGUUCGGACUAGGAAUGCAGGCCCAGGCUAUAUUUGAUGGUAAGCAUUCAUAAUUAUAAAUAAUUGAUCUAGGCUACAGCUCAAACACUAAAAACCGAGAAGUUGUUUCCAUGAGUACCUUGGUUGUUUCCACAUUCCACCUCUUAACAGCCCGUGUUGUUUCUUUUACCUCAGGUAUCGAGGAGCUGUGUUCUAAGAGGGAUGAGCUGAACCGUCAGAUCCAGCAGGAGGAGAAGGGUCGUCUGCAGCACGACAUCCGUGUCCUCACCGAGAAACUAAGUCGCGUCAACGAGAGCCUGGCCCGACGACUCUCCGUCCGCGCUGACUUUGACCACACCAUUGGCGAGACCGAGGGUGCCUUUAUGAAGAUUCUGGAGAGCUGUCAAACACUGCUGAGUGUAAUAAAGAAGGAAGCAGGAAAUCUCAGCAAAGCCACUGAACCCGGAAGGAAAGACCACUGACGUCCAGACUACCGUCCCUAAACCUUACCUCUCACCCAGACACCAGCAUUUCCCCUUACCCUUGUAAAUGUGCACUGUUUGUACACUGAACAAAAAUAUAAAUGCAACAUGCGACCAUUUCAAAGAUUUUACUGAGUUACAGUUCAUAUAAGGAAAUCAGUCAAUUUAAAUAAAUUCAUUAGGCCCUAAUCUAUGGACUGGAAAUACAGAUAUGCAUCUGUUGGUCACAGAUAUCUUUUUUUUUUUUAAAGGUAGGGGCGUGGAUCAGAAAACCAAUCAGUAUCUGGUGUGACCAUCAUUUGCUUUAUGCAGCGUGACACAUCUCCUUCGCAUAGAGUUGAUCAGGCUGUUGAUUGUGGAAUGUUGUCACACUCCUCUUCAAUGGCUGUGCGAAGUUGCUGGAUAUUGGCGGGAACUGGAACACAAUGUCGUACACGUCGAUCCAGAGCAUCCCAAACAUGCUCAAUGGGUGACAUGUCUGGUAACUAUGCAGGGCAUAGAAGAAGUGGGACAUUUUCAUCUUCCAGGAAUUGUGUACAGAUCCUUGUGACAUGGGGCCGUGCAUUAUCAUGCUGAAACAUGAGGGGAUGGCGGUGGAUGAAUGGCACAACAAUGGGCCUCAGGAUCUCGUCACGGUUUCUCUGUGCAUUCAAAUUGACAAUGAAAUGCAAUUGUGUUUGUUGUCCGUAGCUUAUACCUGCCCAUACCAUAACCCCACCGCCACCAUGAAUCACUCUGUUCACAACAUUGACAUCAGCAAACUGCUCGCGCACACACAACACCAUACACACUCUCUGCCAUCUGCCCGGUAGUUGAAACCCAGAUUCAUCCGUGAAGAGUACCUUUCUCCAGCGUGCCAGUUGCCAUCGAAGGUGAGCAUUUGCCCACUGAAGUCGUUUACGAUGCAGAACUGCAGUCAGGCCAAGACCCUGGUGAGGCUGACGAGCACACAGAUGAGCUUCCCUGAGCGGGUUUCUGACAGUUUGUGCAGAAAUUAUAUGGCAACAGCUCUGGCUGGCAUUCCUGCAGGCAACAUGCCAAUUGCUCCCUUAAAACCUGAGACAUCUGUGGUGUUGUUUGACAAAACUGCACAUUUUGGAGUGCCCUUUUAUUGUCCCUCACCUUUGCAAUGCUGUUUAAUCAUCUUCUUGAUAUGCCACAACUGUCAGGUGGAUGGAUUAGUAAACAAAUUUGUGCACAACAUUUGAGAGAAAUAAGCUUUUUGUGCGUAUGGAACAUAUCUGGGAUCUUUUAUUUCAACUCAUGAAACAUGGGACUGACAUUUUACAUGUUGCGUUUACAUUUUUGUUCAGUAUAAUAUACACUGAGUAUACAAAACAUUAAGAACACCUGCUCUUUCCAUGACAUAAGCUGACCAGGUGAAUCCAGGUGAAAGCUAUGAUCCCUUAUUAAUGUAACUUGUUAAAUCCACUUCAAUCAGUGUAGAUGAAGGGGAAGAGACGGGUUAAAGAAGGAUCUUUAAGCCUUGAGACAUUUAUGACACGGAUUGUGUGUGUGUGCCAUUCAGAGGGUGAAUUUGCAACACAAAAUAUUUAAGUGCCUUUGAACGGGGUAUGGUAGUAGAUGCCAGGUUCACUGGUUUGGUCAAGAACUGCAGCACUGCUGGGUUUUUCACACUCAACAGUUUCCCGUGUGUAUCAAGACUGGUCCACCCCCCCCAACUUCACAUAACAGCGGCACACGAGACAAACACACACACACUCCCGGUGAGAUGCUGUCUGACACUGAUAUGUAAUUACAGGAUAAAUAUAACACAAUGCAGGUUUAGGUGGAAGCACUAGUACUAGUAAAUCUCCUUCACAACAAAUUAAAGCUAUUCUGAGAUUUC